AUGGGCGAGAAGAAGGCCCCCCCCCCCCCCUUCGCUAAGGAGGAGGCGGGUGAACUGGAACUUUUUGAGACUGAGAUAAAAGAAUGCGAGCGCACCGCGCUCGGCCGGCUCCAAGCGGUUGCAAGGGUAGAAGUUAAUGUGUGCAAGUUGGAUUUCUGCGAAGGCUGGGGGCCCCCCGACAAUCUGGAGUCCGAGCCGACCAGUGGCUUCCUAGGGGCUGGAGAUACCCAGCUCAACUCCUGGAGAAAGGCAGGGACGAGGGCCAGGGAGCUGAGUACGGGGGGCCAAGGGGCCCGGAGAGAUGAGGGCAGGAGCAGGGAGGGGGCAGUCAGGAUGGUGAGGAGAAGCCGGAGCCGGAAGCUGCAAAAAUUGACCGGGCUGUGCAGACGGGAGGAGGGGCUCAGGAUAAAGCGGAGCUGCCCUUCAUGUGGCCCUUCAGAACCUGGGGGUGAAGAGAAGAAGGGACGAGGAAACCCUGUUUCUGUUCAGUUGUUCCCCCCAGAGCUGGUGGAGCACAUCAUCUCAUUCCUCCCAGUCAGAGAUGUGGUCGCUCUCGGCCAGACCUGCCACUACUUCCACCAAGUGUGCGACGCCGAGAGCAUGUGGAGACGCAUCUGUCACCGGCUCAGUCCUCGCCUUCGAGAGCAGGGUUCUGGGGUCCGACCCUGGAAGAGAGCUGCCGUUCUGAACUACACAAAGGGCCUGUAUUUCCAGGCAUUUGGGGGCCGCCGCCGCUGUCUCAGCAAGAGUGUAGCUCCCCAGCUAGCCCAUGGCUACCGCCGCUUCCUGCCCACCAAGGACCAUGUCUUCAUUCUUGACUACGCGGGGACCCUCUUCUUCCUCAAAAAUGCCCUGGUCUCCUCUACCCUUGGCCAGAUCCAGUGGAAGCGGGCCUGCCGCUACGUUGUGUUGUGUCGUGGAGCCAAGGACUUUGCCUCCGACCCGAGAUGUGACACAGUUUACCGCAAAUACCUCUACGUUUUGGCCACUCGGGAGCAGCCGGGAGUGGUGGGCACGACCAGCAGCCGGGCCUGCGACUGUGUCGAGGUGUACCUGCAGUCCAGCGGGCAGCGGGUCUUCAAGAUGACCUUCCACCACUCCAUGAGCUUCAAGCAGAUUGUGCUGGUUGGUCAGGAGACGCAGCGGGCCUUGCUGCUCCUCACAGAGGAAGGAAAGAUCUACUCUUUGGUCGUGAAUGAGACCCAGCUGGAUCAACCACGCUCCUACACGGUUCAGCUGGCCCUGAGAAAGGUGUCCCGUUGCCUUCCUCACCUGCGUGUGGCCUGCAUGGCUUCCAACCAGAGCAGUACUCUCUACAUCACAGACCAGGGGGGAGUGUAUUUUGAGGUGCAUACCCCAGGGGUGUAUCGUGAUCUCUUUGGGACCCUUCAAGCCUUUGACCCCCUGGACCAGCAGAUGCCGCUUGCACUCUCACUGCCUGCCAAGAUCCUAUUCUGUGCUCUUGGCUACAAUCACCUUGGCCUGGUGGAUGAAUUUGGCCGAAUCUUUAUGCAGGGAAAUAAUAGAUAUGGGCAGCUGGGAACAGGGGACAAAAUGGACAGAGGGGAACCCACACAGGUCCAUUAUCUCCAGCGCCCCAUCGCCCUGUGGUGCGGCCUCAACCACUCCCUGGUGCUGAGCCAGGGCUCGGACUUCAGCAAGGAGCUGCUGGGUUGUGGCUGCGGGGCCGGAGGCCGCCUCCCCGGCUGGCCUAAGGGCAGCGCCUCUUUCGUCAAGCUCCACAUCAAGGUCCCUUUGUGCGCCUGCUCUCUCUGCUCCACCAGAGAGUGCCUCUACAUGCUGUCCAGCCACGACAUUGAGCACCACCCAGCCUACCGGGACCUACCAGCCAGCAAGGCAGUGGGGACCCCUGAGCCCAGCCUGGGGGCUGGAGCACCCCAGGACCCUGGCGGGGUGGCCUGGGCCUGUGAGGAGUACCUCAGCCAGAUCCACAACUGCCCCACACUGCAGGACCGCAUGGAGAAGAUGAAGGAGAUCGUGGGCUGGAUGCCCUUGAUGGCGGCACAGAAGGAUUUCUUUUGGGAGGCGCUGGAUAUGCUGCAGAGGGCUGCUGGAGGGGCUGGCCAAGGCCCCCCACCCCCUGAAAGCUGACCCCUCCUCUCCUAGUCUCACCCCCUGGAGGGAGAGUGUGGCCUGGGCCAGGGGCUAAGGAGAGAUGGAGUGGUAGCAACAAACACGGUGUGCGCACGCGCGUGGGGAGGGGAUGCAGGGGGGUGGGGCCUGCUAGACGUGCCAGGGUGGGCAGGGAACGGUUUUGUAAGAUGUUCAGGGGGCUGCCCAGGAGGGGCCCCCAACCUGACUAUCAUGGACGAAAGAUAUGAUUGACAAAUAGAAUAAAAGGCUGAAUCAAG